ACCGAACAAUCCGCUGGACUCGUCGGCAGGGAGGGCAAUGCUACAAACGACGACGUCUUGCAAAAGGGUAUAUAAGAACAAAUUAUCUCAUCUCAGAAUUCCUUCAAAGUUUCAGAAGCUAGAAGUUGAAAACCGUUGGAUUGACCAAACGUCAGGGUUUAUAAUUUUAAAGAUGUGGACUCCGGCGAACAAUCCGAGUUCCGCCUUCGAAGUCGAGAACAUUCCAACUCCUAUUUCUAACGUGUCUCUUGAUGCACUAACCGCCAGCAUUACCGCCAAUCCGUCAAGUCCUCCGCUAGUUUGCCUACUUCGUUUCGCCGGUGACUCAGCCUCUGGUGCUUUCACGGGAUCCAUUUUCGGCUACGGUUCAGGAUUAAUUAAAAAGAAAGGUUUGAAAGGAUCAUUUGCUGAUGCAGGGUCUUCUGCUAAGAAAUUUGCAGUUUUGUCUGGAGUUCACAGUUUAGUUGUAUGCUUUUUGAAGAGGUUGCGGGGGAAAGAUGAUGUCAUCAAUGCAGGAGUUGCGGGAUGUUGCACAGGCCUUGCUCUAAGCUUUCCAGGUGCCCCACAAGCUCUACUUCAAAGCUGUCUCACAUUUGGGGCGUUCUCGUUUAUCAUUGAAGGUAUAAACAAGCAGCAGCCUGCACUUGCUUUGCCAGCUUCCUCGGGUGUCAAAAGAAGGCCCUUCAAUGUGCUGACUCCUUUGUCAAUCCCCCUUCCUAACGAACUUAAGGAGUCUUUUUCAUCUUUUUGCCAAACUCUCAGAAAAUGAGGCAAUCUUUAAUCUUCGAAGCAAUUUUUUUUUUAACUUACGAGUAACAGUUUAAUUCUUAAAAUGUUUCAGAGUAGUAGUGAAUUACUUAUAUAAACUGAAACUACCACGGUUCUUCUACUAU